GCAACAUUGCACAUUAGUGUCAGGGUUAUCGUACCAUGCAUUAUUGACACCUGCAUCCCUUCGGAUCUUUGGAUCCAAUCCCCCUCCAUCCACCUACGGAUCUUGGAUCGACAUUGCCAAAACGGAAAGUCAAGUCGAUUAUCAGGACAUCCAUACCAAAAACGAUGUUCCAAAGAACCAACAUCCUCCUACUGACAGUCGCUGCUUUGGCCCCACUCGUUGCCGCGAUGGGUCCAAACGGCGACAAUAACCUACUAGUACCAUGGGCAGCAGCAGCCGGGUGCUCUGUCUCGUACCUGCUCUAUGAUGCCCUCUUGAAACGGUCGUUGCGGCCCACAUUCCUAUCGAUCCAAGUGCUGGCGCAAGUGUCAUCCAUGAAUACACAGAAUGCUGCAACAGAACUACCCUCUCUCAUUCCCCAAAUGAAGCGCAUUCCAAUGGAGCAAAUAUCCAAUAUUCAAGAAUCGGGGGAUUUGCUCUGGGAAGGGUCCACCAAAGGAGAGACACUGGAAACUGGCUGGUUCGUCGCGGGAAAAAGAACCAAAUCCAUGGUGGUCCAUGUGGGGGAACAACAGCAAAUCCAAGUUUUUGCUCCCAAAGCGGCUUGGGCCACACCCAAAGAUACAUCCAUCUCCAAACUAUUGUCAGCCAAGAAAUCAUGCAGCGUGGUACAAGAUCUUCACGACAGACUGGCCUGGCAAGAGUUCUUGAAAGACAGUCUAUCCUCCACCUCCUCGGAAACCAAACUGAAGCCGGGAAGAUAUCGAUUCGUCUAUCGAGAAACUGUCAAUGUGGAAGAAUACAUUGGCAUGAUUGCACAAAAACGAGGCCUGACCAAGUUGCGCUUUGCCAAAGACUCUAUUUUGGUACUGGAGGAGGAUGGACAAUGCUACAUGGAAGAUUACUUUCGACUCUAUGGCAUCUUCCCUAUGAAUACACACAACACAGGAGAAUGGUCCCAGGAGAAGGCUGUUUGGGACAAGAAUCAGGUCCGAUUCGGCUGGAAAGGCAUUUUUGGAAGGACCAAGGAAAUGGAAGUUGUCACCAAGAUACUUCGAGAGUCUCCUUGGGAUCUAAAACCAUGUAGUUUUGAUGACGACAGGGAAGGGGUGCUCUUCUAUCGACACAGAGCCGGGUGGUUGAUUUGGGAGAAAGUGGGCUAGGGCCCUGCCGUAACAAUCGGUCCGAGAGCCGACAGUGCAGGAUGUCCGUUGCCAGCCCAUAUCAUGAGUUUGGAAAGGACUCCAGAGGAUUUGAUUCGAUUCGAUGGUAUCCUAUCGGUCACGGUAUGACCCCGGUCAAAGAGCUCGCUGACAGCACCAAGCCGCUGACCGACGAACGGGAUUGCUGCGGCAUGCUUCUGUUGGAUGCGUCGGAUGGACAUUCGCAGCCACGGGGCAUGCAUCAUAUUCUGAUGAUGAAAUAUCCAGAUUGGAAGUUCAAGUCAUGCUGAGUUCCUUUUUGCAAGGUGCUGGAAAGUAACCGAGAUUAGUUUGGGCUUCAGGGGUUGACUGUUGGUCGUCAGUCUUCGCCACAAAAGCAACGUCGUGCUGGUAUCCAAAACGAGAGUGCCCAACCUGGAAAGGGAACAGCUGCGUAUCCUACCGGGGUUGUUCAAAUACUUUCUACCCCAAACGGUUCCAAAGGGUGGAGGACAUUUGAUUCUGCUUCAAUCUUGUCAUCCACCUCAGACAUCAUAGAGUCUGUAGAUCGUUCCAACGAUUCAAUUUUUUCAAGCUCGACUUUUUUCGUAUUCACCAGUAGCAGCAUCUGGC